GACGGGUGGCAAAGCGUUUAAAACCACGCGACAACAGCACCACAAGACAGUCCAGAAAGUGCAAUCAAUCAAUCCACAAUUCAAUCCAAGACAAUCAACAUGGCUCUGCUCAAGUCUCUCCUCAUCAGCUGCGCUCUGUUCGCCGUCAUCGAGUGCGCCCUGCUGCCCGGCGUGGCUGUGCCCGUGAACACGGACUUUGAUCCGCAUCCGCAAUAUGCGUACGCCUACAAUGUCCAGGAUGCCAUCACCGGGGACAGCAAGAGCCAGCAGGAGGUGCGCGACGGCGAUGUGGUCAAGGGCUCCUAUUCCGUGGUGGAUGCCGACGGUUCGCUGCGCACCGUUUUCUACACGGCCGAUCCCAUCAACGGCUUCAAUGCGGUCGUCCAGCGUGGCCCAGUUCCAGCUCCGGUUCCAGCUCCAGUUCCACUGGUUGCCCCACGUCCAGUCGCCCCAUUCCUGGGCUAG